AUGGAGGUGGUGAUACCAGCGAAAAGAGAUAAGGGAGGUAGAAGAUUCGGGUUUGCGCGGUUCGAUCGGGUGUCUGAUGUACGCAAAUUUGAAUACGAGUUAGAUAAUAUCAUUAUCGGGAGGGAAAAGCUCUCUGUGAAUCUUUCACGUUUUCAACGUCCUGGAGAUAACAAUAGGAUUGCUGAUAGAAGAGAAGUAAGAAAAGGAUCACGCGGAAUUAGUAGGACUAUGGACAACAAAUCACGCAGAAUUAGUAGGACUAUGGACAACAAAUCACGUUCUAAAUCCAGAAUCAGUCGAAACCACACCAUCCCUUCACGUGAGGUAAAAGAUGGAUCUUAUGCUCGGGCGGUUCGGCGUGGUGGUUCAACGAGGCAGGGAGAUGAUCAGCAGCGCGUUGUGUUCUCGUACGAGGCGGAGAAGAAUGACAUGUUUAGAUUGCAAAAAUGCUUUAUAGGGGAGGUCAUUCAUCUGGGAAUGUCAUACAACAUCCAAAGUGCCUUUCAUAGACAGGGGUACUUUGGUGUUAAGGUUACUCCUCUAGGUGCUAGAUUGACGUUAUUAGAUGGACAAGAGGAGGGUGAGGUGCAGGCUCUGAUGGAUGAAGCGAAAGACUGGUUGAAACAAUGGUUUACGGAGAUUCGGCCAUGGAGUCCUAAAGAGAUUGAUCGUGACAGAUAUGUAUGGUUACGAGUCUAUGGUAUUCCGACUCACGCAUGGAAUGAUAUUUUCUUUGAACAAGUUUCCAAACCGUGGGGUUCUUUCAUUAAUGUCGACGAUGCUACGAUGAAGAAACUUACUAUGGAUGUUGCACGAAUCUUGAUUUGA